AUGGUGUCCGCCGCAACAGCCGCGCGGCUGCGAGUCCUCACGGCGCAACCAGGCAACAAGGUCUGCGUGGACUGCAGCCAGCGCAACCCGCAAUGGGCCUCCGUCUCCUACGGCAUCUUCAUGUGCCUCGAGUGCUCCGGUCGGCACCGCGGGCUAGGAGUGCACCUGAGCUUCGUGCGAUCCGUCACCAUGGACUCGUGGUCCGAGAUCCAGCUGCGGAAAAUGGAGGUCGGCGGAAACGACGCGCUGAAUUAUUUCUUCGCGCAUAACGGCGUUGCUAAGGACACCGAUAUCACGAUUAAGUACAGCUCGCCCGUCGCCGAAGCGUAUCGCGGGAAGAUCCAGGCGGCGGCGGAGGGAACAGGCCCGCCGCCCAACUCCUUCGCAGGCGCACCACCCGCUCGCGCUCCCCCUCCUGCUGCUGCUGCUUCUGCAGGAGCUGGGGGGGCGUCGUCAGCAGGCGGGUUCGGAUCAAACGACAGCUGGGCAAACUGGGGGGAUGGCGGCAGCGGCGGAGUCGGAUCCGCGCACUCCAGCCCCGCGAACGCGCACGCGACGGCGGCGGCCCAGGGGAACAUGCGUAGGCACCAGUCGGAAAACAGCAUGUAUGGAUCUGCCGGGGGGGUCGGCGCAGGGGCGCAGUGGGAGGGCGGAAGAGGCGGGGAGAGCAGGCCCGGAGGGGACGGGAGAGGCGGCGGAGGCGGAGGGGGGAGUAAGCGGGGAGGAGCGAUGGGGCAGCAUACAGGGUCAGCAUCGGACAUGUACUCUAAGGAGCAGAUGGAGGCAUCGGCGGUGGAUAAGGACAAUUUCUUUGCGCGCAAGCUGGCGGAGAACUCGCGGCGGCCUGACGGGGUUCCGCCGAGCCAGGGCGGCAAGUACGUGGGGUUCGGGAGCGCGCCGAGCCGCGCUCCGAGCAAGCCGAGCGCGGGAGACGACGUGCUGGAGGACUCGAUUAAGGCGGUCUCGGAGGGCUUCCGUUCCAUCUCCAUGGUUGCCAUUGGCGCAGCCAGCUCUGCAGCAGCCGUGGUGCAAGAAAAGAUGCGUGAGGGCGGGUACGACCAGAAGGCCAAGGAGACGGCAACUGUGGUGGCAAGCCGCACUGCGGAGCUAAGCCAGAAGGCGUGGGGUUUCAUGCGCUCCGUCACUGAGAAGGCAGUCGAGGCUGUGGAAGGCGGGAUAGGAGGUGGCCUUGGGGGCCCAGGCAUUGGCGGCGGUGGAGGGUUUGGGGGAAUGGGCAGCAGCAGGGGCAUGGUGCUGGCGGUGGUGGUGGUGGUGGUGGUGGUGGGCGAGGAGGGGGAGGGGGGGGGCGGCGGAUAUGAUGCCGAUGUGUACACCUACAGUGCAAGCAGCAGCAAUGGGUAUGGCGGCUCUGAGUCAACUCAAGAGAAGAAACCGAGUGGAGGUAUUAGUGGUGGUGGUGGUGGUAGCAAAGGCUUUGCCAAGUUUGAUGACAGUGCUCUGAAAGGUGGUGAGGGCUUUGGUGACUGGGACGACUGGAAAGGUGAUGGUGGUGACGAUGAUAUAAGCAGAGGAGGUACAGGAGGACACAGGGAGAGUGCGUCGUCGGCACCAAAGCCUGCUGCAGUUCCUGUGAAGAAAUUCUCCAUCUCUGCUGCAGCCCCUGCUCCUGCCGCUAUACCAGUAUCAGGGCUCGUGCCCCCACCUGUGAAACCACUUGGCGCUGCAGCUCCCUCUGCUGCAUACGCAAAGCCCUCCCAAUCCUCCUUCGAGGCAUCUCUGAUUUCAUUUGACGAUGGACCGUCAGCUCCAUCAGCGGCACACACGGCUCCUAUGUCUUCUGCGGUGGACCCCUUAGCAGCUCUGAUGGGAGGGAGCGCUCCUGGUACUGGCAUGGGCAGUGGGUUUGGAGCAUCUGGAUCAGCUGCAGGUGGCGGUGCGGCGUGGAAUGGAUUUGAUGCCUUUUCCUCAGGUCCCCCUGCUGCUGCGGAUCCUUGGCAGGGGGCUGGAUUCCAGUCCGCCCCUCCUCCUGGAGUUUCGGCUUCAAAGCCAGCACAAGACGAUGACUUUGAGUGGGGUGGGUUUCAGUAA